UUUUAAAUAUUGUACCAACACAAAUAAACUCUUUAAGUAUUCAUCACCAGUUUCACAUGACUAUGCUGGAUGGAAAAACUUUUAGCGUUAUCUCGGAGUCUUCUUCCCAAACAUGCGUAAUAUGCAGAGCCACACCAAAAAAUAUGAAUGACUUGAAUUUGGUUCAAAGUUUUCCAAUUGAUUGUAUAGUCUCCUUGAAUAUGGAUUAUCAAGUCUUCAUGCCUGGAUUAGGUUUUUCGAGUGUGUCUUGCACAUUUCUUAUAGGCUUCCAAUAAAAAAGUGGCAAGUUCGCGGUACUGACAAAAAUGUUGUUGAAGAAAAUAAAAAAACGCAUACAGGAAAACAUACGAAAAGAAAUGGACCUAUUGGUGGACAUACCAUUGCCUAGUUCUGGUAAUACCAACAACGGAAACAACGCAAGAAGAUUUUUCCAACAACCACAUUUGGCUGCUCGUACAACAGGAGUAGACGAACUUUUGAAAUAGUAUGUUGGACGAGGAUGUUAUGAACUUGCUAUUAAUAGAGAAUCCUGAAACAGAUUUGUCCGACUCUGAUAGCUCAGAUUCAGAAUAAUGAUAUUUUGUUCUGUGAAUAUUAAUUUUUAAAAUUUUGUUUUGUAAAAAUAUCUAAAUAUAUAAUGGAUUUUCUUGCAGAUAUAUUUAUAAAACAGGCGGUGUUGAGAAGGAAUACUGCAUACCAAAUUUACAUGUUUUAGAAUUUUAGAAUGCGACCCUGCGUGGCGCUUUAAAUUACCAUAAAAGUUAAGUCCGGUGGCACUACCAAUUGUAAUGUGUCUAAAGAAAAGUUAAAUCGUUCAUUUCUGAAAGGAACGAGUACAAGGACACACGAAAGUGUAAGCCGCGAAAUAUCUUUUGCACUUAUAUUUAAACUUUCUCUUUCCAUAGGAAAAUAAAACACACCACAAUUUUCAAGCUACAGAACGCAGUUUUAUUUUGGCCCUUGUAGGGUUUGUAGUAUAUCAGAAUAAGCGGUGUCACUUUUAUUUCCAAAAAUGUAUACACUUUUGCAUUAAGGUUUUCAGUUCUAUAAGCGGAAACAAAUUUCAGCAAAGCACCUUUAGUUUUGACAAAGAUAUCAAAUUAAAAAUUUUCAUACGAUAACGCCUGUGUAAAAGUGAGCGUGGUCACUAGAGGGUUAAGCCGAUUCCAUUCAAUUUUGGCAGCCACCUUCCCUUUUAUGAAAACUUCUAUCCUGCCAAGUUUUAUUUUGAUCGGACAAGAAACAACUUAUUAGUUUAACGCCGCUAGGGAUAUCAAAUCGCCCACUGUGGAUAGGCGCGAACAGUAUUAAUAACACUAGUCUACAAGGAAAAGUAUCCGAAAUAAUUUAAACUAAUUUCUGCUUCUCUGUCCAUGCAAAAUUCGGAUUGAUAACUAAAAUUCAUUUAUUAGUUUGAGUUUUUACGAUAAUCGUAUCUUUCGUGUUUAAUGGAACUACCCACAUUUAACUUCAUAAUGUUUUGACAUUUACAUAGUUAGUUUGUAUCAAAUAUUCGAAAUAUUGUGAUUUAGUGCUAUUUUCUCUUAAAUUAAGCGAUAUAGAAGUGUUAAAAGUAAAAAGUAUAAUACUAUUUUAUAGCAAAAUGUCUCGAAAAUGUGUUAAUAAUCCCGACAAUUUUUGUUAUAUCUGCGGUGAGGUGAUAUUUAAUAAACAAAGGUGUUGUAUAUCGCCUAUAAUAAAAGAAGCCUAUUUUUACUACUUUAACGAGAACAUCAAACACCAGGAUAAAAGCUGGGUUCCACAUUUCUGCUGUAAUCCAUGUGCUACAGGUUUGAGAAAUUGGCUGAAGGGCAAAAAAACAUCAUUUCGUUUUGCAGUGCCAAUGCAGUGGCGAGAAUCGACAAAUCACGUAAGUGAUUGUUAUUUCUGCCUGACGACUCAUGUAUUUGGAAAAGGCAAGGGUGUUUCUAAAAAAAAGAAGAGUGCCAUAACAUAUCCAAAUAUACCAUCAGCUACUCGUCCUCUACCACACAGCGAUCUUCAUCCGAUCCCGAAGCGUCCUCACAUCGGUGACGACGAAGAUGAAAUCAAGGGAAGUUCACCAUCAAUUUCGUCAAUGUCAGAAUACGAGGUACCUAGUACAUCAACACAGCCACACAGGAUAACACAAGCUGAAUUAAAUGAUCUCGUAAGGGACUUAGAAUUGCCAAAGAACAAAGCAGAACUUUUAGGUUCAAGAUUGCAACAAUGGAACCUUUUACAAAGUGGUGUAGUUAUAACAUCUUUCCGUAACAGACAAAAACAUUUGAUGCAAUAUUUUGAAAUGGCUGAAAGUUUAGUUUUUUGUAAAGAUGUCCAGGGUUUGAUGGGAUCUCUUAACAUUACAUAUAAACGGGAAGAAUGGAGACUUUUUAUAGACAGCUCUAAAUUAAGUUUAAAAGCAGUAUUGUUACAUAACCAAAAUAUUUUACCAUCGAUCCCUAUUGGUCAUGCAGUCCAUAUGAAAGAAUCUUAUGAUAACAUGAAAACCCUUUUGCUGCAGAUAAAAUAUAAUGAUCACCAAUGGCUAAUUUGCGGAGAUUUAAAAGUCGUAGCUAUUCUACUUGGACUACAAUUAGGCUAUACGAAAUUUUGUUGCUUUCUUUGCGAAUGGGACAGUCGUGACAGAAAGCAGCAUUAUACAAAAAAAGUGUGGCCUCAUCGUCAGUCACUUCAGCCUGGGAUGAAAAAUGUUCAAAAUAACCCUUUAGUUGACCCACAAAAAGUGUUACUUCCACCACUGCACAUAAAACUAGGGCUUAUGAAAAAUUUCGUAAAAGCAAUGAACAAAAAUGGAACUGCUUUUCACUACCUUCGCCAGAAAUUUCCAAGAUUAAGUGAGGCUAAAAUAAAAGAAGGUAUAUUCGUUGGUCCCCAAAUAAGAAAUUUAUUAAAAGACGAACACUUCGACACUAUUUUGGAAGGCAAAGAAAAAAAAGCCUGGGACAAUUUUCGCCUCGUGACAAAAAACUUCUUGGGAAAUAAGAAGAGCGACAACUACGCUGAACUUAUUGAAAAUAUGUUGUCAUCUUACCAAGAACUGGGUUGUAACAUGUCCCUGAAAAUCCACUUUUUACAUUCUCAUUUGGACUUCUUUCCGGAUAACUGUGGGGCCUUUAGCGAUGAACAUGGGGAGCGCUUCCACCAGGACAUCGCUAACAUGGAAAAACGAUAUCAGGGCAAGUGGAACGUUUCAAUGUUAGCGGAUUACUGCUGGACUAUUCAUCGAGAUACUCCAGAAGCAGAGUACAAAAGGGCAGCGAAGAAACCACGUCGCAAUUCUACUAAUGAAUAAAAUAACGGUAUAAUUUCUGUUAUUUUUUCAAAAAACUUUAAAAUUUUUUUUUUAAGAAAUGGAAACUAAUUAAAAAAAUAUAAUUGUA